UUGGAAUUGGAGUGUUAAUGGAGGAUAACAUAUUUGGCUUUUUCGGAGAAAUGACUUCUUUCAGGAAGGAUGUGGUCCAUAAUCCUUAUGAACCACAGCAAGAAGAUCAGAAACCAAAGCAUAAUAAGAAGAAAAACAAGAAGAAAGGUGAUGCUAACACAGGGCUAAAUACAGAAGGAAAGCCUAGGUUAGAAAUUAAGGACACAAAGAAAUCUUAUAUUGAUCUUCUCGAAAAAUUAUCAAAAGCAGGUUCUAAUGCAAAGAACUAUACCAAACCAAAAGAGAAACCAAAUUCUAAGGGAGAAAAGAACCAUAAGGUCUCUCAAUUCAAACAACAGAAAAAUAAGCGGAAUAAGAUCAAGAAAUGGAAAGCUAAACUACAAAGCAAGAACGAAGACACUAAACAGGAAGAAUAACACUUUCAAUAAACAGCAGAAAAUAGG